UUAGUGAGGACCACGUGAAUUUUCGAGAGAGUGUCUUCAGUUGUUUGAUACAGGGCGUAGAUGACGACGAAGCUGAUGAUGGCACCGGCUUGGUCGGCAGGGUGCAAUUCCAAGCCACCCCUAGGUCGUGUGGGCAAGGAGCUGUACGAGAUAGCGGAUCAGGAGCUGAGAGAAAACGAGACGGCGCGCAGAGAGUGUUUGGCGCACCUCAGAGACUGGAUCGGAAGGAAUCCGGACCUGCAAAAUUGUAUUACAGAUGAUAAUUUUCUUCUGCGUUUUCUGCGCGUGAAGAAAUUCAGUUUAGCAAUGGCGGAACAGACCUUACUGAAAUAUCUCAACUUUAGGAAAAAGUUCAAGCACAUCAUGUUCGAUCUGGAUUACACGGAUACAAAAAUAUCUGAGCUCAUCGAUAGCGGGUAUAUUUUCGUGAGCCCCUUCAGAGAUUGUAAUGGAAGGAGAGUAGUGAUUUAUGAUUCCAGUAAAUUCGAUAUACAAAAAUUUGACGGCACCGAUAUGUCUCGAGCGCACGCGAUCACCUACGAGACGUUGAUGGACGACGAGGAGAACCAGAUUUUGGGCGUGAGUCACGUGGGUGACGUCAGCGCCGUCGGUCCAUCCUUCAUCGGCCUGUUCAGCAUCACGGAGUUCGCCUAUCUCAUCCGAUGGGGAGAACAAUCAUUUCCAAUGCGACAUAAAGACAUCCACGUGGUGAAUAUUCCUACAGCUCUCAAAUACGUAUAUGACUUUGCUAGAUCACUCAUGAGUCAAAAACUCAAGGAAAGACUGGUGGUUCACGACUCUCUGAAACAACUCCACCAGAAAGUGUCCGCCCGCUGUCUGCCCUCGGAAUUCGGCGGAGACAUGCCCGCCGCCGAGAUGAUCCGCCUCUGGAAAGCGGAACUGGAGGCCAAGAGGCCCCGCCUCCUCACCUUCGACCAGAUGAGCCUCCUGAGCGAUAGAGGCAUCGUGAGGAGGAGCAAGCCCCCGGCUGAGGACGUCACGGGCAGCGGGAGUUUACCUGGAAGUUUCAGGAGGCUAGAACUAGACUAAAAGCGCUAAAUUUUUCUUUAUUACGAUUGUUAUAUGUGUUUUGAUUAGUGCUCAGGUGGAGCGAGAGGUAUGCAUUGGGCUACUUUUCUCUUUCAGUUCGUUCUCAUUAUUUUCAUUGACAUAAAAAAACAAUAUUAUACAGGGUGUCUGUAAAAGGUUGGGACAUGGCUCGGCUGUGGACUUGUGGGAUGAAAACAAGUUGAUCUAGGCCAACUUACCUAAAUCCAAAAUCGU